UGGUCCUUUCAGAGAUUCAACAUCGGCAUCUUGUUUCCUUGGUUGGCUACUGCGAUGAAGGAUCGGAGAUGAUAUUGGUUUUUGAAUUCAUGGAAAAAGGGACUUUGAGAGACCACUUAUAUAAUAGGAAGGAGUGCUUACGGAAUCCAUCUGAAAAAACUGAAUUGACUUUGAAACAAAGGCUUGAAAUCUGUAUUGGCUUGGCAAAAGGUGUCCAUUACCUGCACACUGGUCCAGAUGGAGGAAUAUUUCACCGUGAUGUUAAGUCAACAAACAUCUUACUUGAUGAACAUUAUGUGGCCAAAGUAGCUGAUUUUGGUUUUUCCCAAUCAGGAAUGCCUGAUCCGGACAAUAUAAGCAUGGGUUUAAAAGGUAGUUUUGGUUAUCUUGACCCUGAAUAUUUCAAAACUUUUCAGUUAACCAACAAGUCAGAUGUGUACUCUUUUGGUGUGGUCUUUCUUGAAGUGCUUUAUGCUCGACCCCCGAUUGUAAACUCACAGUGGAGGGAGGAAGCAAACUUAGCUGAAUGGGGGAUGUUUUGGCUAAAGGAAGGGCAGCUUGAAAAAAUUAUUGAUCCUUUAUUGGUAGGUCACAUCAACCCUAAUUCGCUAAGAAAAUUUAGUGAAAUAGUUGAGAAGUGUUUGAAGCCAGAAGGAGCAGACAUGCCUAAUAUGAUUGAUGUGUGUUGGGAUUUAGAAUAUGCAAUGCAACUUUAGCAGACUGUAGUGCAUAGAGAGGCACAUGAGGACAACACCAGAACAGGUGUUUCAUCAUAUUCAGCACUCCCAGUUAUGCAGAACCUGAGUUCUAAUUCGUUCCCAAUUGAUGAUUACUCAGAUACAAUGUAUCUCAACUAAGAAUUAAUGAUUCCAGAUGAUCCCCACGUGUUAGGAAUGAGCUCUAAGGGCCUCCUUUUAUCA